AUGUUGAAGAUCUCCAUUCUCUUUUCCAUAAUCUUUGCUUUUGGUUUCCUUAGAAAUGUUGUUUCACACAACAAUUCUCUUCCAUAUGAAGCGAUUUUCAACUUUGGUGACUCUAUAAGUGACACCGGAAAUGCUGCUUUUCAUGAACCAUUUCCAUCUGAUUCUCCUUAUGGUUUAACAUACUUUAAACAUCCUGCUGGACGUUUGUCAGAUGGACGAUUAAUCAUAGACUUCAUAGCUGAGGCAUAUGGGCUACCAAUGUUGCCAGCCUAUUUGAAUCUCACAAAAGGACAAGACAUUAAAAGAGGAGUAAAUUUUGCAUAUUCUGGUUCAACUGCACUUGAUAAAAGUUUUUUCGAUAAGAGAGGACUCGACGUAAAGGCGGCUGCUUAUUCAUUGAGCUUUCCUUCCGGUAAAAUCGACACCUUUAGAGUAUGUUGUGGAGUAGGUGAAGGAUACCGUCUCCCAGCAUAUAGACUAAUAGCAAAGGGAUUAAUUGAGGGUGCUUUUGCUCAUCCUCCACUCAAACCCCCUGUUUCAAAGAUACCUGAUAAUUGA